CUCAUCAAUGUUUGGGUAUCUUAAAGCGGGAUUAAUCAUUUUUGUUCCAAUCCCAGCUUCUCUCUACCUUUAAUUCUUAAGCAAACCCCUUUUACCUGAAAGCUCUUUCGAUCGCCCUCUCUUUCCCAUCUUAAUUCCGCUCAGUCUAACCAUCUCCGAUAAUGCAUUCUUCUCUAUCUCUCUUCUUGCUCCUCGCCGGAUUCCUCGCCUCUCCGUCGCUCUCCGACCCGACCGAGAGCCAAGGUUACUCCGACUGCAAGCCGACCAGCUACCGCUGCGGCGGGAGUACAUUCGAGAUUUCCUACCCAUUCAGGCUCCAGGGCGCCCCGUUCUACUGCGGGCACCCGAAGUUCGACCUGACGUGCGCCGACAACACCAUGCUCAUCACCAACAUCGACGGUAGAGAGUACCGCGUCGAGUCCAUCAACUACACGUCCCGUACAUUCACCCUCGUCGAGCUCGACUUCAUCCUCUCCGACCACGCCUGUCCCCUGUCCAUCGCCAAGAUCACCUUCAACUCCAAUCUCUUCAACCCCAGUCUCUUCAAUUACACAGAAAGCGAUGACGUAGUGACCGUCUACUACAACUGCUCGCCGGCCUUGGUACCCUUGUUCAACAAACUUCAGAUACCGAGCACCCCGUGUUUCUCCCACGAGGACAAUGGCUACCAGUCGUUUUAUAGGUUUCAGGAUGAGCCAUCGCCGCCAAGCAUGGACGUCCUGGCACACUGCACCACGACGUUUUUUGUCCCUGUAUACAAGUCUGCGGCGAAUAGUUAUUUGAGGAACGGAGCGAAUGAUUUCGGGGGGGCGAUGAAGCAGGGGUUCGGGUUGUUCUGGAAGGCUGGUGAAGGGUGGUGUGAUAAGUGCACCAAGUCUGAAGGGGUCUGCGGGAACUAUCCGAAGACAGAGGACGGAGGGGCUUGCUUCUGCUCGAAUUCGUCGAUCUAUAAUGGCACUUGUGUUCCGCUCUUCAAUAAAGGCAGUGGAGCAUCAAGGACAAUUAUUGGAGUAGGUUCUCUAGGAGCAAGCUUCCUCUUGGUAUGUCUAAUAGUACUGGCUCUCUAUUUGCGCAAGAAUAGAAAGGUUUCCAAUGAUAAACAUAUUGAAGUAUUUCUAGAGGAAUACGGAGCUUUGGCCCCUAAAAGAUAUUCAUAUUCAAAUGUGAAAAAAAUAACCAAAGCUUUUCAAGAGAAACUCGGACAAGGUGGUUUUGGCACCGUGUUUAAGGGCACUCUCAGCAAUGGUCAUUUGGUGGCAGUAAAGAUAUUAAAAGAUACUCAAAGUGAUGGGAAAGAAUUUAUCAAUGAAGUUGCAAGCAUUUGUAGGACUUCUCAUGUCAAUGUUGUUAGCCUUUUGGGCUUUUGCUGUGAGGGAACAAAAAGAGCACUCAUCUAUGAUUUCAUGUGCAAUGGUUCACUCGAGAAAUUUCUCUACUCCGAGAAACCGAAAACAACUCUGGAGUGGGAAAACUUAUACCGGAUAGCGAUUGGCAUUGCUAGAGGGCUGGAGUAUCUGCAUCGUGGAUGCAAUACACGCAUAGUACAUUUUGACAUCAAGCCUCAUAAUAUAUUGCUUGAUCAAGAUUUUUGUCCCAAGAUUUCUGAUUUUGGACUUGCAAAAUUAUGCGAAAAGAAAGACAGUAUAAUUUCCAUUGCAGGUGCUAGAGGAACCAUUGGAUAUAUUGCGCCAGAAGUUUUCUCAAGAAAUUUUGGAAUGGUGUCAACUAAGUCAGAUGUUUACAGUUACGGAAUGAUGGUGCUAGAGAUCGCUGGUGGGAAAAAGAAGCCAAAUGAAGGUGGCAACAGUAGUGAAGAAUAUUUUCCUCAGCCAAUAGAUGAACAUUUAAAUAAACAUGGCAACCUUUUAGCUUAUGGAAUGACCGCUGAAAGCGAAGAAACUGUAAGGAAAAUGAUAUUGGUUGGCUUAUGGUGCAUUCAAACAAUGCCUCAAAAUCGACCUCCAAUUAACAGAGUUAUAGAGAUGUUGGAAGGCGGUGUUAAUGACUUGCAACUUCCCCCACAGCCAUAUCUAUCUUUAUCCCCCUUGCGAUCAGUUAUCGGUACUUCAUCUCUUCAGGAUAUUUGUUCGGAUGAUUGCAGUUCUAUAAUUCAUUCACCACAAGUACUUUAGUGGGAGAAGAUAACGCUUGUAAUCACUUAAGUAAUGCGUUUGAUGUAUGUUAGUCGGUUCGAACUCUUUGAAGCAUAAGUUCUGGGAAAAAAGAAAAACAGGUGCCCUAUAAAAUGUAAAUAUUGUUGGCAGUAGGAGAAUCUACUGUGAGAACAAUAAAUUUUCAUAUUUUUCUAUUUAGUGUAGCUAGUUGUAUCAUCUGUACUUGAAGCUUGUACAUUUUCAUCACAACUUCUUGUUGCAAAUGCAACUACACAAGGAAGAUCCAGAAGCUGUGGAUCAAAAUGCCAGUUUGUAUCUUCCAUGUUCAAGAUUCUUCUUCUUCAAUAUAAUUAGAGCUACAGGGAAAACGUUUUAAAGGA